CGACCGGAAGUUUACGAACAUUGACCGAGCAAGCUAAGAGUUAGCUAACGUUUAGAUUUUAUUUUGACCAACCGCUGAAAAGCAUCGAUUUAAAACAAACACAGAGGAAACAUGGUUUGUGAAAAGUGUACGUAUCGCUCUGUUAAGAUCUGUCUUUAAAUCUAACCUAUUUCUUGUGCUUUUAGCGCAGUAUUUACAUCCUUUGAAAGCUAACUUGCUAGCUAACUGUUGUUGUUUUGGUCCAUGUUUUGGCCCAUGUUUUGGCCCGUUAGACGUGGUAUUUUCUCUACAAAUUGUUUGUCACUCCUUAUUUCAGGCGAGAAGAAGCUCGGUAAAGUCAUCACACCCGACACCUGGAAGGAUGGAGCACGGAAUACAACAGAGGGUGGUGGGCGAAAGCUAAAUGAAAACAAGAUCCUGACUUCUAAGAAAGCCAGGUUUGACCCAUACAGCAAGACGGGCUUUGCUACCUGCAGGAUCUGCAAGAGCUCAGUUCAUCAGUCUGGAUCACACUACUGCCAGGGCUGUGCAUACAAGAAAGGAAUCUGCGCGAUGUGUGGAAGGAAAGUUUUGGACACCAAAAACUACAAACAGACAUCUGUGUGACAGCGUGACGAUCAAUGAACAGUUCCACGAGUGAAGUGAGAAUGAGAUGGAUGUUUAUGUUUGUCAUCAAUCCACAAUGUCCUGCUGUAGCUCUUUUGUGUUAUUCUUCCCACCUUUGUGAAAGAGAGAGACUUGCAGCUGGCUUUGCCCUCUUAUUACAGAAUAUCACAUAAUGCCACUGGAGUUAUUACAGUGGCCGUACACAGGGAAGCACUGUUGUAUCCAAAUACACCACCAGUCAUCACCUGUUUCAAGUCCAGGCUUCUAGAUUUUUUUGUACAUUUUAAAUGCAAUACUUAGGCUUUAAUUCUUUGCUGUUAUACAAAGUUAUUUUCUCUAUGUAAUAUAUCAAGUGUUUCAUUUUUUUAGUGAAUUAAACCAUUUAAUAUGAAG